AUGGCCUCCCCCGACCCAUCGACAACAUCAACAGCAACCGCCUCCGCCGCCCCGUCGAUCCUCAACCUCGAUGCCCUCUUCAACAACCCCCUCUUCGCCGGCGGCAUCGGCCUCGCCAGUCUAGGCGCGGCCGCCGCCUUCGCCCGCAAAGGCGCCCUCGUCGCCGCCGGAGCCGCUCGCCGCCGCCUCCUCGUCAACGUCGAGAUCAGCAAGCAGGACCCGGCCUACCCCUGGAUCCUCGCCUGGCUCUCCCAGCCCCGCGAGGCCGCCGGCUUCGUCGCCUCGCGCAUCACCCGCAUCCACAACCUCUCCGUGUCCACGACGACCUCCACCGCCCGCGGCGGCGCGGCCGGCGGGCCGGCGAAUGCGCACUUCUUCCUGCAACCCGGGUAUGGAAGGCACAUCGUCAAGCACGGCAACGCGUAUAUCGCGGUGAACCGCGAGAAGCACAACACGGCGAACAUGAACACGGGCGAGCCGCACGAGAUCGUGCAGCUGACGGCGCUGUGGGCGCACCGGCACGUCUUCGAGGAGGUGUUUGGCGAGGCGCACGCGCUCGCGGCGAAGGCGAACGAGGGCAAGACGGUGGUGUAUGCGGCGCGCGGCAUGGAGUGGGCGCCGCUCGGCGAUCCGCGGAAGAAGCGCCCGCUGGGCUCGGUGAUACUGGACGAGGGCGUGAAGGAGGGCAUCGUGGACGACGUGAGGGACUUUUUGACGCGGCAGCAGUGGUAUGUCGAUCGCGGCAUUCCGUACCGUCGUGGGUACUUGCUUUUUGGACCGCCCGGUAGCGGAAAGAGUUCGUUCAUCCAGUCGUUGGCUGGAGAGUUGGACUUUUCUGUGGCGAUGAUUAAUCUGAGCGAGAUGGGUAUGACGGACGAUAAGCUGGCGUACCUCCUGACGAAGCUGCCGCGGCGAAGUUUGUUGCUGCUGGAGGACGCGGACGCUGCGUUUGUGAACCGACGCCAGCGCGAUGCGGAUGGGUACAGCGGCGCGAGCGUCACUUUCUCAGGACUGCUGAAUGCACUGGACGGAGUCGCUGCCGGCGAGGAGCGCAUUGCCUUCCUCACGACGAACCACAUCGAACGCCUCGACCCGGCGCUGAUCCGCCCCGGUCGCGUGGACAUGAUGAUGCGCAUCGGCGAGGCGACGCGCUACCAGGCCGGGCAGAUGUGGGACCGCUUCUACGGCGACGUGGACGCAGACGGGUCUGGCCGCGAGCGCUUCCUCAACAGGCUUGAUGAGCUGCACUUGUUCGGCAACGGCGAGGGCGAGACGGCUGGGAGGUUCACCAGCACGGCGGCCAUCCAGGGACUGUUCUUGUUCAACAAGAAUGAUAUGCAGGGCGCCAUUGACAUGGCUGAGGGGCUUAUCCCGCGCAAGUUUGAGGCGGGGGACGCCAUUCCUGAGGGCGCUAUCAAGACGAAGGCUUGA